AUGAGACUCCCCAAACUCCUCACUUUCUUGCUUUGGCACCUGGCUUGGCUGGACCUGGAAUUCAUCUGCACUGUGUUGGGUGCCCCUGACUUGGGCCAGAGACCCCAGGGGGCCAGGCCAGGAUUGGCCAAAGCAGAAGCCAAGGAGAGGCCCCCUCUGGCCCGGAGCAUCUUUAGGCCAGGGGGUCACAGCUAUGGUGGGGGGGCCACCAAUGCCAGGGCAAAGGGGGGCACCGGGCAGACAGCAGGCCUGACACAGCCCAAGAAGGAUGAACCCAAAAAGCUGCCCCCCAGAUCGGGUGGCCCUGAACCCAAGCCAGGACACCCUUCCCAGACAAGGCAGGCUGCAACGCGGACUGUGACCCCAAAAGGACAGCUUCCUGGGGGUAAGUCACCCCCAAAGGCAGGAUCUGUCCCCAGCCCCUUCCUGCUGAAGAAGGCCAGGGAGACUGGGCCCCCUCAAGAGCCCAAGGAGCCGUUCCGCCCGCCCCCCAUCACACCCCACGAGUACAUGCUCUCGCUGUACAGGACGCUGUCCGAUGCUGACAGAAAGGGAGGCAACAGCAGCGUGAAGUUGGAGGCUGGCCUGGCCAACACCAUCACCAGCUUUAUUGACAAAGGGCAAGAUGACCGAGGUCCUGUGGUCAGAAAGCAGAGGUACGUGUUUGACAUUAGUGCCCUGGAGAAGGAUGGGCUGCUAGGGGCCGAGCUGCGGAUCUUGCGGAAGAAGCCCUCAGACGCGGCCAAGCCAGUGGCCCCCGGCAUCAGGCGGGCUGCCCAGCUGAAGCUGUCCAGCUGCCCCAGCGGCCGGCAGCCGGCAGCCUUGCUGGAUGUGCGCUCCGUGCCAGGCCUGGACGGAUCUGGCUGGGAGGUGUUCGACAUCUGGAAGCUCUUCCGAAACUUUAAGAACUCAGCCCAGCUGUGCCUGGAGCUGGAGGCCUGGGAACGGGGCCGGGCCAUGGACCUCCGUGGCCUGGGCUUCGACCGGGCUGCCAGGCAGGUCCACGAGAAGGCCCUGUUCCUGGUAUUUGGCCGCACCAAGAAACGGGACCUGUUCUUUAAUGAGAUUAAGGCCCGCUCCGGCCAGGAUGAUAAGACUGUGUAUGAGUACCUGUUCAGCCAGCGGCGAAAAAGGCGGGCCCCACUGGCCACGGGCCAGGGCAAACGGCCCAGCAAGAACCCCAAGGCCCGCUGCAGUCGGAAGGCACUGCAUGUCAACUUCAAGGACAUGGGCUGGGAUGACUGGAUCAUCGCGCCCCUUGAGUAUGAGGCCUUCCACUGUGAAGGGCUAUGUGAGUUCCCCUUGCGCUCCCAUCUGGAGCCCACGAACCAUGCAGUCAUCCAGACCCUGAUGAACUCCAUGGACCCUGAGUCCACGCCACCGACCUGCUGUGUGCCCACACGACUGAGUCCCAUCAGCAUCCUCUUCAUUGACUCUGCCAACAACGUGGUCUAUAAGCAGUAUGAGGACAUGGUUGUGGAGUCUUGUGGCUGCAGGUAGCAGCACUAGCCUUCUGUCUUCCUGGCUGGCACAU